UUUUAGGCUUAGGGUUAGUACUAGAUCUGCACCAACUCGUGUCUUCGUGGUUAUACGGUCGUAGGUAAAUUCCAAUAAAAAUGGUUAAAUAAAGGAUCAGUAAUAGAUAUAAGGAUGAGAAUCCCAAGGAAGACAUUACUUUUAGUUCGGAAGAAGAAACUUAGCCGGACGAUUGUGCCAUCUGUGAGAAGCAGGUAACAAAGAAUCAGUAUGGUAUCGCUUGUGAUUAUUGCGACAGCUGGUUUCACAACGGCUGCGUAAAAGCAAAAAUUAGAAAAUGGUCCGUUUUGCACGUGCUGAAGGGUCUAAGGGCUCAAAUAAGCGAGUGUUAGAGGAUGCUACCCCAUGGUCUGAAAUGGUUGCUCAGAUGAAGAAGACGAAAGCUGAUGAGUCCGUAGAAGAUAUCACUUUCAAGAAAGAGAAGAAUGAAGUUAUUCAGGAGAGUACUAAUUUUUUGAAUAGAUUUCAGGAUCUCAAUGAAAAACCUCAAGAUGCAGAGGAUUUGGAAGAACCUGAUGAUAAGCAAGAACCAGGUUCAAAAUCAAAGAAAAAGAAUAAAAACAAGGAACCCCUUGAGGAUUCUAGAAUGGUUAUUGAAAAUGGCCAGAAGUUUUUUGUUGCUGAUAAUGGCAGAAAGAGGCCAUGGUUUGAGCUGCCAUAUGAAGAAAAUGAUCAAAUGACACGUUAUGAGGGAUUUUGGAUAAAAACUGAGAUGGUGAAAAAACUCAAUGAUCUGAAAAGUACAUUAAGUGAAACCAUGGAUGCAGAUACGGUUAGGAAAAAAAUGAUGAAAGCCAAAAGAAAAGCUCACAAGGAAUUAACAAGAGAGCUGAUAAAUGACCAGAAGAGUACUAUGAAGAACAUCUCAGCUGAUAAACCUGUACAGAAGGGUACUGAAAAAGGUAGCCAAAGAGAUUUGCAUCAGAAGUACAGUGGUGAUGAGGACAAGUUAGAGCGUGUACUCUUCGAUGGAUUUUGGGUUACAAAGGAAGGGGCUACAAGACUCAAGAAAUUAAGAGCUGACUUAGCAAAGAGAGGUGCGUCAAAAGAGGAAUUGCGAAAAACUAUGAAAGGUGAGCGUAGAAAGGAAGAAAAGCUCUUACGCCGUGAAAAUAAGAGAGUUUGUCUUCGUUGUCGAAGAAGAGGUCAUGUGAUAAGUGAAUGCCCUGAAGUUUCUGGAGGUUAUGGUACUGAGCAUAAUUGUAUUUGCUAUGGGUGUGGUUCAACUGAGCACAGAGUGAGUGACUGUCCUAAAUCAGGCAAAAGAGAAGAAUUUCCUCUUGCUACUUGCUUUAUCUGUAAACAGAUAGGACACAUUUCUAGACAAUGUCCAGAUAAUCCACGUGGCUUGUACCCAAAUGGUGGCUCUUGCCGAGGUUGUGGGUCUGUAGAGCAUCUGGCAGCAAAUUGCCCAGUUAUGCAGACCCAGCAAGAAAAAGCUAAUCUGAAAGUAGGUCGAAUAGAUGGAAAUGCUUUGGAAUCCUUAGAUGUUCAAGAACAAGAUUUAGCUACUGCACCAAAAUCAUCUACUUUUAGGAAUAAGAAAGUGAAAAUUAUAUCAUUUAAAUAAAAAUAGAGUAAGUAACUUGAAGAAUUGUAAGUUUUGAAUGUAUUAUUUUUAAAUGUUAAUUCUUAUAAAGUAAAAUUAAAUUUUUUUCUUUAAAAA